AUGGCGGCUCUGCUCCGCCUCCAGGCCCUCUUCUCCCUUACGCUGGCUACUCCCCGCCGUCUCCCAUCCCAUCUCCGCUGUGCCGUAGCAGUUGCGUCUCCGCUCCCUCGCCGCCUCCCUGCCUCCGCCUCGAACGGCUCGCCGGAGCAGCGGGCCUCGGAAACGGAUUUAGAGUCGGGGUUGUAUCUAGUGGCGACACCCAUUGGGAACCUCGAGGAUAUCACCUUGAGGGCAUUACGUGUUCUGAAAUGUGCUCAUGUGAUACUCUCUGAAGACACAAGGCAUUCUGGAAAGUUACUUCAGCAUUACAACAUCAAAACACCUCUUCCCAGCUUCCAUAAGUUCAACGAACGCGAGAGAGAGCCCAUUAUCUUAAAGAGGCUCCAUGAAGGGGAAGCAAUUGCAGUGAUUAGUGACGCUGGUACUCCAGGCAUCAGUGACCCUGGCAUGGAGCUGGCUAGACUAUGCGCGACUGAAAAAAUCCCUGUUAUUCCCAUUCCUGGGCCUUCUGCAGCAAUUGCCGCUCUUUCUGCAUCGGGUUUGCCAACAGAGGAAUUCACAUUUGUGGGUUUCUUACCAAAGCAUGGUCGAUCAAGAAAAGCCAGGCUUGAGGUAUCUGCUCGUGAGGCUGUGACACAAAUAUUCUAUGUUCCUCCUCAUGGAAUUCAUCAGUUUCUUCUUGAUGCUGCUUCAUCUUUUGGCAAUUCAAGGUCAUGUGUUAUUGCAAGGGAGAUUACCAAAUUGCAUGAAGAGUUUUGGCGAGGAACCCUAGGCGAAGCAAAUGAAGCCUUUGCAACUCGACAGCCAAAGGGAGAAAUCACCAUCCUCAUAGAUGGGAGCUCAAUUUCAAUUGAUGAAACACCUUCUGAUGAUUUUCUUGAGCAUGAACUCAGAGAAUUGAUGGCAAAAGGGCAUGCUCUUUCAACGGCGGUGAAAUUGGUGGCCGAAGCUACAUCAGCAAAGAAGAAAGAUGUUUAUGCACUAGCACUGAAGGUGUUUGGAAAAUGAGUAAAAUGCAAUCCAUUUGCUCACGUCUGGGCAUGCUAACAUCUUCACCGUGGUACUUUCUAGACCAUAUUCCAAUUAUUAUCAUUCUGUUUGAACAUGUUGGGUAGC